UUUUUAUCAUAUCCUCAGAUCGUCUCUCCGCUUCAGAUCUCAUCGUCGCCACAACCAUACAGAAGAAGAGCAACAACAAUGGCUUCAGGUUUUAGCGGCGAUGAAACCGCUCCUUUCUUCGGCUUCCUCGGCGCCGCCGCCGCGCUCGUAUUCUCCUGUAUGGGAGCGGCAUACGGGACGGCGAAGAGUGGCGUCGGAGUGGCGUCGAUGGGGGUGAUGAGGCCGGAGCUGGUGAUGAAGUCCAUUGUUCCGGUGGUCAUGGCCGGUGUUUUGGGUAUUUAUGGUCUGAUCAUCGCCGUCAUAAUCAGUACAGGAAUUAACCCUAAGGCCAAGUCUUAUUACCUCUUCGAUGGCUACGCGCACCUCUCCUCCGGUCUCGCUUGUGGCCUCGCCGGUCUCUCUGCCGGUAUGGCUAUCGGAAUCGUCGGCGAUGCCGGUGUUAGAGCAAAUGCCCAGCAACCGAAGCUGUUUGUGGGAAUGAUUCUGAUUCUCAUCUUCGCGGAGGCACUUGCUCUGUAUGGACUUAUUGUCGGUAUAAUCCUCUCUUCUCGAGCUGGCCAGUCUAGAGCCGACUGAAACAAGGUAUCAAUCGAGCGAGAUCUAUCAUUAUCAUGCUUUGGAAUCUGCAUCCCGAUUAGAACUAGUAAAUUUUCUGAUCAUAUGUUCCAUCGUAAUAUUCCUUCUGUGCAAUAAUAUGAUUUUUUGCAAUUUGAUAUAAUUGUAAUGUACAAUGUUUGUUCCAUCAGUACAUAUGGGAGUUCUUGCAGUUUUUCUGCCA